AUGGCCAACAAAGAAAUGAAGCGGAUUGCCAGCUUCCCCCUCCCCACUCAUUCCAGCCUAGAGGUGUCGUUCCCACAGCUCACGGGUCUUGAUUGCCCUGUCUCCGCCACUGUAACUAGAGAAGGCGCACGGAGGAAACGCACCACGUUCAACAAAACUCAACUGGAAAUUCUUGUAAAGUCAUUUAACAAGGAUCCGUACCCGGGCAUUGGGGUCCGAGAGCAUCUAGCUUCCCUAAUUCAGAUUCCAGAGUCUAGGAUUCAGGUUUGGUUUCAGAACCGAAGAGCCAGGCAGCUGGGCCAAAAGAAAAAACUGGAAUUGUUAGCCGCCUCACAGCAAGUCCACAUCCAGAGGCAGCCUCAGUCGAUCGCGGACGGGCCAGGCCUGCAGGCUGCCGCUCCCGCCUUCUCCUCUGACGCGGGCAUCUUUCUGCAGCGUGCGGCUCGGCCCCUCUUGGGUGACAUGUUCCUCGGGCCCGGGCCGGGCAUCCCUCCAGCCGGCCUAGGUGGCUCGGGGGCCAACGGUACAGAAAUAGGGACUCCCGCCGAUUCACGUUUCCUGACUCCGGAAGCUUUCCAGUUCUACCUGGGCGCUGGCCCCGCCGCUACCUGCGGCGCCAGCGGGAGCCCGACGCCCGGGCCUCAGCUUUCCCCCGCAGCCGCGCAACUGCGUCCCUGCUACCAGAGAGCACCGUACGGAAACCAGCCGGCCAUUCCCACUCUGUAUCCCAGCAGGGCGGAUCUGCAGGAGGAUGGGCGGCGGCGAUGGGAGCUCUCCCAACAGUACCAACAGCUGGAGGGAUUCCCGCCCCAACCACCGCAGCCGGACCAGUAUCGACCCCAGUCUCAUCAAGCCCACCCCCCUCAGCAGCCACAGUGGCCGCAACCCCCGCGCCUGCAGACCCAACCCUCGCAGUCACUCUUUUCCCAAGACCAGGCCGUUUCCACGGCCUGCCAGAGUGCCGAGUCUCCAGAGAUGAAAAAUCUGCAGCUUCAUCUUCUGGACGGUUUAUUCGACGGCGAAGACCCUCAUUUUUUAGAAAUAAGCCAGGAGGUCCUGAGUCUAGGCUUUGAGCUUGAAGGUAAUAAUAACGAGGUUCUGUAAUGCUCAGAAUGAGGAAUGCUCAGUUUGGUCCCUCUGCCCACUGAGACAU